AUGUCGGCCUCAACGAACAACGCCGUGCCGACCUUAAGACCUGCAUCUCCGGGGCAUCCCACUGCCCGUCUCACCCGAACUCCAUCCCACGAAGCACUCAAUGCUCACCCGCUUUUGUCUCCUGGAACCUUAGCCUCUCUCAGUACUUCUUCUGCCAAUGGUACUUCCUCCAGUAACACUAGUGUCCAUUCUUCCGCGGAAUCAGCAACCAGUCCGUCGCAUCAUCCUGCGCAGCCUCCACCCUCCGCGCCGAAAUAUUUGCCGUACACGCCUCGUCAGGCACGCGUCGUCACAGGGUCCGCAACAACUGGUACGGCCAGCUCUCCCGUAUCCGUAUCCCCGCAGCAGCACCAGCACGCGGGUGGAGCCACUGCACCCAGCGCAACAAGUCGCUUACAGCUGCAAAAUCUAAAGGCCGUAGCGCAACAUCAUGGUCUCGACGCGGGCUGCCUCGGCUGGGCUAUGCUUGAGGAGCUCGUGGCGGGUUCGGAUCAUGCGCCUGUGUGGACGGAGGUAUGGGCCGUGAUUGCAACAGGCAAGGCUGCUUUGUUGCUCCCUACGGAGCUAGCGGGCUCUCGUGAGGUCAUAACGCCUGAACUCGUGAAAGACCACAUCAUCUUCUGCGAAGGUUCCGCACGAGAUGAUUCGCCAUUCGUUACCUUGUCUGGAAUGAGAGGGAUAAUCAAUGGAGAUGAUCUAACAAUCCAGUCAACUGUGCCAACUUCGUCGAAACUGUUCAAGGCGCUGUCUGAUCCUUCUACGCGAUCUACCGCUCUCGCUACACUUCCUCCUCUACCUACUCUUUCGAAUUCGGCUCUCAAUUAUCCCAGGUUCUCGUGUCCCAGGUUCAUACCCUCUCUACCUCUCCCUCCUCGCAGCGCUAUCCCCCCAAAGCCCCCACUACCACCCCGUCCUGGCACCAAACCGCCUGCCUCUAGCGUUUCACGUCUUGCCAACCCUUUCGCAUCCUUCUUUGCAAAGUCCCCAGCUCCUACAAGUCCUGCGCCAACAACUCAACCACUUCCUGAUGUAGCUCCAGUAGACCAUGUUUCCGAAGUGUCUGCGUUUACGAUAGACCAUCCCAUCAUCCGGCGGAACGUAUCUAAAUCUCUUGCAAAGUACAUCAAGGUGGAGAUUAAAGAAGCACUCACGGGACUUCCUACAUGGGUCAUCGAUCGCACUCAGAACUUCUCUUCAAGCUACUUGCCUUUCCCCAAACCUGCACCUAAACCGAAGGAUGGCAACGGUGGAAGUCAAUUUGCUUCGGAUCAGAGUUCUUUUCGGGAGGUGUCUGCUUUUGAUGACCCAGCUGAGGAAGUAUCAGAGCGAUUCCAAGAGUUCUAUGCGAGCUUGGAGGAGGAACUACGAGUCGACGGUUCGCCUUCAACACUAAGACGAAAAGAUGAUAAACUUACAGAGGAGGAGAAGGAGAGAGAAAGGCACGAACUCGACCUGAAGGUACAGAAUAUCUUGGAGAAGGUUGAGAACACACUCACUUCCGUCUUUUACGAUCGAUUAUACCGACCGUCGAGUUCCGAUGACGCUUCUCACGAUGAAGCUUUGUCGAGUCGUAUUAAUGCGCUCAAUAAGCUGGAUCUGAGCCUGGAUCAUCUAGGCGUUGACGCUGGUCCUUCUAAAGAUGACGUGUACCGCAUCGUUGAAGCGUGUGGACAAACUAUUUCCCAGCUGGAGGUGGCAUGCUGUCCGGCCGACAAAGCAGCUAUACUCGUUGCUUCUCAUCGGAUCAUUGUUGAUGGAUUGUCGCGUCUGCCACCCCUACAUUUGAAGUCCGAAGACAAUGCAGAUGACGACAAGACUCCACAAGCACCAAACUUCAAACAAGAAACUCAGCCAAGUACGAAGACGAAGAGGGAUCAAAGCAGAAGCCCUACCAGGUUGACCGUAUCUCCAGAUCCGCUAUCCGACCCACCUGUAGAUAAAUCGCUUGAGGAAAGUAUCACGACGGAAACGAUCAAGGGCCCUCUACUAGAAGACAGCGCCUCAGCAAAAUCCGUUCCAUCUUUCACCUUGUCUCCAGCUGAGGAAGCAUCUACACCCCUUCUCUCCGUCUCUCCACCGAAGACUCCCACACCAGUAUCGGGAGACAUUUUACUCCCGCUCAUCAUCUUCUCCGUCGUAAAAGCGAACCCACCAAAACUCGUCUCGCAUCUCCUGUUUACUCAACGUUACCGAAACCAGUCUAUUGGAGGGGAAGAGAGCUAUUGUUUGAUUAAUCUCAUGGCCGUGGUUGAGUUUUUGGAGAACGUUGAUUUGGGUGCGUUAGGUUUGAAGGAGAGCGAGAAGAAUAUCGUUAGCGCUGCGGACCUCACACCAAUUCCUCUAUCACUAGCAUCGGACAAGUCACCAGUCUCAACGCCAGGCGGCGGUCUCCGCGGGCGCGUCGAGCAACAAGUAGACGCCAUCGCCGGGUCAGCGAAUAAGGUUCUCUCGGGCGUCGUCGACUCCGGGUUCGGCGUCCUACUCUCUUUACUCCCUACCGCGCCAACCGACCAGACGAACGCUUCAACCGGAGACAAUGCAAAUGAGGGUGCACCGUGGAAUAAUUUGAGACCAGGCUUUGGGCUGUUAAGGAGGGAGAGUGGGUUCUCGAUUGCGAGUCUUGCUGCGUCAUUGCCUGGUGCGGGGAGUAGGGAGAGAGCGAGGUCGAUUGCGAGUUCGUACCAGGCUGCGGAUGAGGAGGGGCAGGAGAUGGUGGAGAGUCGGCCUGGAUCUGUCAGGAACAUGUUGCUUGAGGAUGGGGGUGUGGAAGAAGAAGACGAAGAAGAGGAGGAGGAGGAGGGGGAGAGCGAAGAGGAUGGGGAGAGCGGUGAAGAUGAGGAAGGCGACGAGGAAGAUGAGGAAGAACAGGCGGAGAUGGAGACGAGGCAUGAUACGAGGAGUAUACGGAGCUUUGAAAGUAUGAUGAGCAGUCGGAGUCGAGAGCGCGAGAAACAUCAGAAGAAAAGGAUAGGAAAGGGAGGAAAGGAUGCGAAUGCAAAUGCAAAUACGAAGAAAGGGAGGAUGAGUAUUGCAGAUCGGUUGGCUUCGAUGUCCCGAAUCACUUCGAAGAGCGCAACAAUUCAUUCGUUUGAGCCACCAACUGGACAUCACCACGGAUCCCCUCCACCGCGCUCAUCCUCCCUCCUCGCAACUACAACAACAGGCAGAGACACGAAAGAACCAAUAAUAACGACACGCUUCGAUACACCUCUCUCCUCACGCACUUCCUCCCCCGUUCCUAUUCCCAGUACCACCAGCACCAGUCUGCACCGCCGCUCCUUUACCCCGCUCCCUCCACCCAGUCGUCGUUUCCUCGAGUGUAGCGCGGAUGAUUUGAGGAUGUCGGAGAUACCUGAGUUGUUGAAUGAGUAUCGGAGACUUGUUGAGGGUGUGAGAAGUUUGAGUGGGUUUGAUGAGCCGAAUGCUUGACUUUUCCAAUUAGAGGGUUAGAUAAAUAGGUUGAGUGGUGUGGUAUGGUACGAUGAGGUAUAAUAUGGUGUAUGUGUUUGCUUCUUUAACUUCCUUCGCUCGCUCCCAUCCCCUUCUUUUCCUUUUUAUUUCAAAUUUUCACGUUUUCUCGCUUGUUGGAUUUUUGAUCCUGGAAGUACCUGUACUGCUUUCUAUAAGCUUUCUAGUCUAGUCUAUUCGCUCUUUUUUUACCAUACUUGAAGCUACAUACAACUCAUGUUCAUGGGUAAUCAUAGAUUGUGCGUUUUGCCUUUGC